AUGUCAUCUUAUACCCUAUCCCGAUCACUCACUGCUCGCUCAGUUUUCAUUCAAAAGGCCAGCAAAAUCUCCUUUUCUUCCUCCUUUCUUUCCUCUUCUUGUCCUCGUUCCUUUGCUACACCCCACAGCAUCUCAUCAGCAGUCUCUUGCAAGUCCCAUCGCAGCCUCUCUACUUCUCUUCCUUCUCUUCUCUCCACUCAGUCUUAUUCUCCAACUCGUAUCCGCACCCUCGCGCGUUCCAUCUCCUCGGCCUCAACCGCUAUACCCAAUCACACCGAGCUUUACUACAGCGAUCAUCAAGACAACAUGCCCGUCACCGAUAACUCGAACAGCCAGAGCAUCCAACAGAUCUCAAAAUCACCUUACCUUAAUCAGAGUACUGCCACUCCCGCCGAAACCCGUAAUGCCCUUCAUCUUCAAGGCUUGAGCCCUGCCAAGGUCGAAUCAUUCGAAACCCAGAAGAAGCGUGCACUUGCUCAACUCAGAAGCAAGUCUUCGGACAUUGAGAAAUAUGUCUUCUUGGCUUGGCUCAGGAAUACCAAUGUCCGUCUCUUCUAUGGCUUGGUUACCGAUCAACUCGAGGAAACGUUGCCUUUGAUCUACACACCUACUGUUGGCGCUGCAUGCCAAAACUACUCUAGUAUCUAUCCUUUCCUUGCUCCUCCUGGUCAACCCGACGGCCUCUUCCUUUCCAUCAACGACCUCCCCAACCUCAAACAAAUCAUUCAGAACUAUAAGCCCUAUCCUCAGGACCCCUCCCUUACUCCCCAGAUUGCAGUCAUUACUGAUGGUUCCCGCAUUCUCGGUCUUGGUGAUCUAGGAGUCGGUGGUAUGGGUAUCCCUGUCGGAAAGCUCCAGCUCUAUGUUGCCGGUGCUGGUGUUGAUCCCAGACGUACGUUGCCCAUCACCCUGGACCUCGGCACCAACAACGAGGAGAAGCUGAAGGAUGAGUUCUACCUGGGCUUGCGCCAGAAACGUGUUGGUGAUGACAAGUUCUUCCCUUUUGUCGAUGCUGUCCUCGAGGCCCUCACAUCGCUCUAUCCAAAGUUGUUGAUCCAGUUUGAGGACUUUUCAUCCGAGCAUGCCUUCCAACUUUUGGACAAGUACCAGCCCACAAAGUUCUGCUUUAACGAUGAUAUUCAGGGAACUGGAGCUGUCAUCCUUGCUGGUUUCAUGAACGCAAUCAGCCUGGCUGGCAUCCCUGCCAAGGAACACAAAAUCCUCUUCUUUGGCGCUGGAUCUGCUGCCGUCGGUGUUGCCAAGCAGUUGGCGGCCUACUUUGUCAAUGAUCACGGCAUGUCAGAAGACCAAGCGCGUGAGAUGGUUUGGUUGGUUGACUCCAAGGGCCUGGUCACAUUGGAUCGGGGCGACAAAUUGGCGGAACACAAGUUGUACUUUGCACGCAAGGACAACAAGGGUGCCCAGUAUCCGGACAUUGCCUCUGUGAUUGAGCACGUCAAGCCCACUGCCUUGUUCGGUCUUUCUUCUCAAUCAGGCGCCUUCUCAGAAGAUGUUCUCAAGUCCAUGGCGGCUUUGAAUGAGCGACCCAUUGUUUUCCCUCUGUCCAACCCUGCGUACCAGGCAGAGUGCUCGUUUGAGCAGGCUAUGAUCCACACUAAUGGCAAGGUUAUCUUUGCAUCAGGAACUGCUUUCCCCAAGUACACUGAUCCCAAGACUGGCCUCAUGAGCGCACCAGGUCAGGGCAACAACAUGUACAUUUUCCCUGGUCUGGGUUUGGGAGGUAUUUUGGCCCAGCCUUCGAACAUCAGCGAUCGUCUGAUCUACUCUGCUGCUCGUGCCUGUGCCAAUGCCUUGACUGUUGAGGAGCGUGGGCAGGGUUUGUUGUAUCCUGUCUUGCCACGUAUCCGUCAAGUAUCUGCUGAAGUUGCUGCUGCAGUCGUUGCCGAGUCUGUGGCUGAGAAUACUGCCACGAAUGAAGAGGCGAUCAACAUUGUCAAAAAGCAUGAUAGACAGGCUCUUCUUGACUUUGUCACCCGUAAUAUGUGGACUACAGAGAGCGCUGAGGAGGAGAUCAACAGCUUUACUUCUCAUUUGUAAAAAAAAGAAAAAGAAAAAGAAAAAGUAUUGCAAAAAACAAAAAAAGCAUUUGACACAAAUCUUCCCUGUAUUCAUUUAAAGAGCAUUCCC